AUGACAGAGUGUAACGGUCUGCUAAAGCAUGGAAGCAAGCUCCGUUGGGUCCGCGUACUGACGAAUCUGGUACAUCGCACAUCCGCCAGAGCGUUCUACCACGUUCGCAAUCGCUUGCACGCGAGCUAUAGCGAAGUGGCGAUGCACCUUGAGCAGGCAUCCUGGAAUGCGUAUUGGUGUCGGCAACCGCCUCGUAGCGCGUUAGGAAUCCUCUAUGCUAGAAUUAUUGACAAGGAUGCAGAUCUGCACGGCAGCAAAGGCGAAACGAUGAAACACGUCACCCUGCCUUGUGGCCAUCUGGUCAUCAUGCGGAGAUUUACAACCCUGGCCCUCAGCGACGAGCAGUACGCCGCUUGUGGCUCUUCGGUCUGCGGCGAGGGUAUCCUUCUGGCCAAGGACCUGAAGGAGCUUGGUUUGAGAAGCCAUAGGCAGCGGGCAGAUGCUUACGUACUGACGGAGGACUGGCAGCAUUUUGACGUAAACGUCCUCGAGGAUGUCAAAGCUGUUCACUCUCCGGUCAACGCAGUCCUUGGCGCUUCUGCUGCGGCACUGGCCUCACUCCGCGCCCCAGCGCUCAGCACCUCUCUGGAGAGUACUCUGCGCUUGGAGAAAUACCUCGACAGCCCUGACGCGAUCUACCAAGGCGACACUUGUGGGCUGUACAUCCACUUGCUUAAGGUGGCGUCCGCGACUAAGCACAGUUGGGAGGACGACGGCCAGGUCGGCAUAGCAAAGCCCCCUCAGGCUGGACACAAGACCUCUCCGGCUGGCUUACCCGAGCGGUGA